UAUUCGGAGUCCGUAAAGGUUCCCAGGCGGGACUGAUGUUCGUAGGGGUUUUCGGAGUUGGAACAACCUGGUUUGCCCGCGGUGUGAGUAGUCAAAUGCUGGCAAAGUUCCGCUUAUGUGUCCCAAUCAGGUUCGCAGGCACGGUUGGGCUGCGUUCAUCGUGUGGCAGUAUCGUUGUACUGGAAGAACCGCACGGCGUGCUUCUCUCGUUCCUGCUGACUGCCUGCGCAAUACUCGCGGCUAUGGAUGGCCGCCAUCAUGACAGGCCCGGGCUUCACCUCACUACGUCGCUUUCAAGUUGUGACUCGGUGAGAUACGCAGUAAGUGUACAUAUACAGCAGUGAUUACCAUUUUGAGCCUCCAGAUAACGACAUAAAGAGGGCCGGUUCAGUCGCGGCGCACCCCACGACAUGGCACACUCAUCCCAAACUACAUCGACUGCGGGUCGACCCACGACUGGCGCAUUCUAUGAGUUCUGGACACGCCAGGCGUCCGCGCAGUUGAGUGAACCUUCAGUGAUUUGCACCGAGGCACUGCGGAAACUACACCCGGACGCCGCCAUUGUUGCUUUCAGUGAUGCCUCCGGCUUCAACUUGCAAGGUCUCCCCGAUGUCAAGACCACCUCUGUCGAGCCACAGUCCAUUAGUGUGAAGACUUUCACUGCUGCUGCUCGGAAGUUAUCCCGCCAAGGUGGUGCAGCCGGAAAGAUCACAGACAGCUGGAAGUUUGCAGCGAUGAAGCUGACAUGGGAGACGGAUGAAUUCCUAUGCUACGUUGUGCAGUAUGUCUAUAGCCAUCAACGCACGCAGUUGACCACCCACUUCCUCGUGCACAACUCUGCCGACCGUUGUCACGCCCUACUGGAAGCGGCUGGCGCGUGGCAGGCGCAGUUGCACGAGGAGAUUCUCGUCUUUGAUGAAGCACUCUGGCAGAAGCAUCACGGGCUUUGGGCCGAGGUUCACAAAGCAAACUGGGCCGACGUCAUUCUGAAGGAAGAGUUCAAAGAGCAGCUCAUGGACGAUGUGGAGGGAUUCUUCGACAGCGAGGACCUAUACAAGGGUUUGGCUGUACCAUGGAAGCGAGGUAUAAUUAUCCACGGCCCGCCGGGAAACGGCAAGACCAUCACCCUCAAAGCAAUCAUGAAGACCUGUUCUGAUCGCGGGUUCGCACCGCUAUACGUCAAGUCCUUCCGGCACCAUAGAGGCGAUGAGGGCGCCAUGGUGGAGGUGUUCAACAAGGCGCGCGAGAUGGCACCCUGCGUUAUGGUGCUCGAGGAUCUCGACUCGCUAAUCACGGACAAGAAUCGGAGCUUCUUCCUGAACCAGCUUGAUGGUCUAGAGGGCAACGACGGGCUCCUACUCAUUGCAAGCACAAACCACCUCGAGAAGCUCGACGUCGCCCUGAGUGGGCGGCCGAGUCGGUUCGACCGCAAGUUUGCAUUCGACGACCCGGACGAACGGGAGCGCACUCUGUACGUGAAGUACUGGCAGAAGAAGCUCGAGAGCAACUCGGCUGUCGAGUUCUCUGAUGCACUUGUCGAGGAGCUCGUAUCCGCGACUGCCGGCUUCAGUUUCGCGUACUGCAAAGAAGUCUUUAUCUCUUCCCUUGUGCUCCUUGCGAAUCCCAAACGUGCCAUGACUUCGUCUUUCGGAGACGUAACGAAAGGGCAGAUCCAAGAUCUCCGAUUGCAGAUGGAGAAGGCCAAGGCACAGGCCGCGGCAAAUCCAUCCACCCAAGAGACCGACAACGGAACACAGGUGAUGGUUCCACGAAUUGUGAGGAUGGCCCAGGGGAUGGCCAUGGCUCAGCCCAUUGUCGGGUGAUAUUCGUAUUUCAGAUGGCCUAGUGUAGUAUCGAAGUGACUUCCUUCGUCUUGACAUAGUAGCGAUUGCAUGGUUCUAGCCUAAGUCGAAUAACGCACGCAGUCAUAUGAUGGUGCA